AUGGCUACGACACUGAUAGAGGCUAUUUCUCCACAGCCUCAAGGGCCUAUUUCAGCAGGCUCAAGUCACUUAAUGCACAAUGCCGAAGAUAUCGUCACAGCAUCAGCGAGCGGCAUCACUGCACCAGUCAGUGUCUUCACACCCAAGAAACAGAACCCUACGGCACAUCUCGUUAUUCUCCGGAACCCCAAAGAGUGCUAUAGACGAUACACUCCAGCUUUCUCCCCAGCACUCGGUAACGGAUCAGACACCUAUACUCGGCACAUCGCAAAAAAUUUGUGGUCACUCCACGAGGCGGCAUGCAUUCAGGAUCUUAUCCCUUUGAUCUCCGAUAAGAUGGAACAGGAGGAAGAGCUACAGCAGCAUAGAAAAGCCAGGAAGCAGUUCUCGAAAUUUGAUGACAAGUUUGCCAAAUGGGUCUUCUACUUACCAGCCUUAGAACGCCACUUGAUAAAGCAAGUCCACGAGCAACAAUUCUGGAGAUCCUGGGGAGAGACCAAGGUCAUCCUCACUGGUGAAGAUGGAAACAAGAAAGCGCAUUGGAUGGUCAACGACAAUGCGGACCAGCUUGGGCAAAUGCUGGAUAGGCGCAUGAAAAAGGAUGGCUACAAUCUCUGCGACAAGCAGACUCUGGUGAAGAAUCUUGAGGAUUUGGAGACUGCUGAAAGAAACAAGAGGAUGAUUCUCCACAGAGAAUGGUGGUCCAAAUCUCAGGGGGCGACGCGGAGGGAUAAUUUGGCUACCGAAAACGCCAAAUCGCUUACGGCUAACACGAUCGCCCACAUGGAUCUCUCUAGUUCAACCGGGCUUGCCGCGACAACACAAACUUCUCCAACAACAUCGGAAUCCACUGCGAGUCUUCAAAAAAACGACAUGGAGGAGCUACCGAAACAAAUCUUACGGAACAUCACCCAAGACGAGGCAAUCCUCGAGCUAUCGCAAGCCCUCACCGAGGACUUAACCGAGCGUCAAAAUGCUUACACUCAUGCCGCCAACGCCAACAUGAACAAAGCAUUCUAUGCCCUCGAGCCGCAGCGACUGCAUAGCCGCUGCAGUUGGCUCGUCCGUCCCAUGGCGAUGACUACCAAGAACCUGCAACCACCACCAGCAGGCGAAAUCCCAGCAAUCCGUCUUACUCUCGACAACAGUGUGACUUGCGAGCUAUUCGAGCGCUUCCAAGACUUCAGUCACCCGGACUGGGAGGAGGUAUGGCAGGUGCGUGCUGAUGCUCAGGCGGGCAUGGAGCAUAAGCUCAAACUACGGAAACAAGUGGAGGAGAUGAAGAUGCGGAAGUUGGCGUUCUAUCAAGAAGGAGACUACGAGACGGACAGUGAUAGCGAUGAAGACGACGAUGAGGGGUAUUGGUACUCGGACAUAGGUUCUCCAUUCGACAAAACCCAACCAUCAACCAGCUCGGGCUCCAACGACACGGGAUGUUCCACAAUCAUCCCGCACAACGAUACUCCCACCAAGCUUGACAUCGCCAAAGCCAAGCUCGCCACAUUCAACACAGUCCUGGCCAAUAACCUCGCCAUCGUCAAAGCCGAAUGCCUCCUGAAGAUGAAGCGCUUCAGCGGCAUCCUUCCCACCCCCAAGACAGAGGACGAAAUCAAGCGAGAGAAGGCCUGGGCUCAAGCACUGUACAUCCGGAAACUAGAAAUAAACCUCGUCAAACUGCAGCUCCGUAUCUUCGACGAAGGCAUGACUGCAACCGACAAUCGCAGAGUCCGCUUCACAUCCUCUGCCCCCACCGGAGCCGGCGAGGUCCAUUUCGUCGGACCUUUGGUCAGACUCAAUGACGCAUCCGAGUCCGGAAGCCUGAAAGUCCGCGCCGCCUUCAAGAUUCUCAAGAGGCACAGGCUAUUCAACGCCUUCAGAACGAAGGAUCACUUCCAUUUCGUGAAACGGCUAUUGGCGCGCGUCACGAACCUGGAGGACACCGAGCACGCAAUCUUCAAGGAGGAGAUCAAAGAAGCUUUCCAAAUGGCCCAUAAAACGGAUGAAGAGGUUUUAGGGUACAUUCAGAAGGCGGUUGAGGCUGCAGAGAACUCUGUGUUUACUAAGAGGUGUAAACACGUUGGCGGGAGUGAGAUUGCGAGUUGGUAUGUGAGGCUGGGCAGACGGGCGAGGGCCGACUGGAACAUUGAAAGAAGAUGGUAUAGGAUAUGA